CUUCCUUCUCUCUUCAGUUUAAAGCGCUAGUCUGUCCUGCUUUCUGCUGCGCUUUUUAUCUUCUUCUUACACGGUGUUUUCCUUUUGUAAAAUGGUGAAACGCGUAGCUGUGGUGUUGGCUGGCUGCGGAGUGUUCGACGGUAGUGAAAUUCACGAGGCAUCUGCAGUGCUGGUUCACCUGAGCAGGAGCGGAGCCGAGGUGAGCAUAUUUGCUCCCAAUAUUGAUCAGAUGCAUGUGAUUGACCAUGUCAAAGGCAAUCCCACAGAAGAACAGAGAAAUGUGAUGGUGGAAAGUGCCAGGCUGGCAAGAGGUAAUAUCCACGACUUGGCAGAGCUGCAGGUGAACGAGUUGGAUGCCAUUAUUUUUCCAGGUGGAUUUGGAGUAGCAAAGAACCUAUGUUCCUGGGCAGUUGAUGGAAACAAAUGCACUGUAAAUGACCUAGUCAAGUCAACACUGCUGGCGUUCCAUAAUGCAAAAAAGCCCAUUGGUUUAUGUUGCAUCUCUCCUGUGCUUGCUGCCAAAGUUUUUCCUGGAUGUGAAGUGACUGUUGGCCAUGAUACAAAUUCAGAUGGCAGGUUUCCUGAUUGCUCAACUGCAUCUUCAAUAGAAGAACUGGGAUGUAAGCAUAUCUGCAAGAACGUCAAUGAAGCUCACGUUGAUGAAAAAAAUAAGAUCAUUACAACCUGUGCUUUCAUGUGCAAAGCCCCUUUACAUGAAAUAUUUGAUGGAGUUGGAGUAAUGGUGCAAGAAGUGCUAAAACUUGCUUGAAACUGUACUGUACUUGAAAAUUUUUAAAUAAAAUUGUCAGUGCUUCAGACAA